CUAUGGGCAACUUUUAAAUCAUCUGUUUAGUUUAUUAUGGUGCUUUGACUAUAUUCAGGUAGUAAAUAAAAGGAUUAGCGAUGACGAUGAACAGAACGGUGCAAUUGCCUUGCCUCCCAGGCUAUUCCGUUAACACAAAUGUAGGACAGACGCGUUUCCACCUGGCACACCACUUUGACUUCAUACACAAGGGAGUGCCUUAUCUUACUGAGAAGAAGAAACCGGGCAUCGGAGGCGUACCACUACCGGGCAGCGAUCAGGGCAGCUACCCGUCGAUAUACGCCAGAGGGGAAGUCUCCGAGUUACCUCCGUGGAUCAUCUAUGAUAAACAUAUUUUAGCCUUUGACGGGUACUACAUGGAAUCGGCAGACUGUGCAGACUUCAAAACUCCUUAUUCGGUGCACAAGGUAAAGGUCUUAUUUUAUCUGGAGGACGGCACAAUAAAAGUAAUUGAACCUCAACAAAUGAAUAGUGGAACUCCGCAAGGAUGUCUGAUAAAGAGGCAUAGAAUUAGGUAUGCCGAUUCUGGUCAUAAUGACGAAUUUUAUGACAUCAUCGACUUCAACAUUGGCAAGGAGCUUCAAUUAUAUGGCAAGAAUAUAACAUUGGUCAACUGCGACUCGUUCACCCGUAUAUUUCUCAACAGGCUUGGCAUACCUGUCCCUGAUCCGAUGGCCAUGCCCGAAGACCCAUACAUGAAAGAAAGAAAAAAGAUUGACAAUGUUCAAAAGAGGAAGAAGGUCAACGUGAAGAAAACCGUAAAUCGCUUCCUGGAAAUGGACAAUAGGAUACUUUCCUUUGAUGCUUAUUGGGACGAUAGCCAGACAGAAUUCGGUUAUGUCCAUUUGCUGAAAAUCUACUACUAUCUCAUCGAUGACACCAUUGAAAUCUCAGAUGUCACAGACCCUGAUCACACAUUUUUAAUAUCUAAAAGAGGAAAACUUCCUAAGGAAUAUUUUGGGCUACCUCAACCCGGCGAAGAUGAACCUGUGAGCCUGUUGAACGUACUCGGUGGUGUUAGGUCCAAGGCGAGGUACGUGGUAGACCCACUUGGAAUGGGCACUCCGCACAAGCAGUACUACAUGGACAGGGACAUAGCUAUUGGAGCUGUGAUCAAUUCAUAUGGGCGGAGGUUCGUCAUCUUUGACUGUGACUCUUUUACAAAAGACUAUUACAGGCUAAAGUUUGGAAUGGAUGACUUUAGGCCAUUCCCUAGGCCGCCGACGGCCAAGGAAAAGGAAAUGGCAUCUACAAAAAAAGUAGAUAUCCCGAUACCACCUUACAACGGAUUUGGAACCUAUGAAGACUCCUUGCUUAACUGUCUAUCUGUUAAUCCUUUUGCCAUUGUUAAAGAAUACAAACAGUUCUUCGAGCUUGAUAAGGUUGGCUACGACAGCAGAAUUCUACGUUUUUCAGCCAGGAUGAUUAGCAACAAUGAGCUUGGGAACAGGCGCAAGUUCAUAUUAUCGUACUUUCUUUGUGAUGACACCUUACAGAUCAACGAUCACGUGCCAAGAAAUUCAGGUUAUACGGGAGGUAAGCUGAUCGCAAGGAGAAAAGUCUUAAAACAUGGGCAGAACAUAUACGGGACGAAGCCCCACGAAUAUGUCACUUACGAAGACCUCUUCAUCGGGAACAUAGUUAUCAUCGAAGACUUUACAUUUUACCUCGAUGGUGCUGACGAGUAUGCGCUCAAGUAUAUGGAACAGCAUCCCGAUAAGUUCCCCAGGAGCAACAUAAGACUGGUGAUGGACAAGCUGAGAGAGGCUGUGAAGCCUGUGUACAAACAGUUUGCGUCUCAAUUCCUCCAAGGAGACAACUUCGUACCCAUACCUUAUGCUACAUUCAGAAAUGCUGUCAAAGCAUUAAUAGGUGAUAAAAUUACGGAUCAGGAAAUUAUUACUAUUGGAAGGUACUUCAGGCACACUAUAGAAAAAGAACCGUAUCCCUUGGAAAUAUUGCAGAGAUUGGCCCACGACAUUCUUAGGAAGGAGUUAUUCAUCGAAUUUCACAAACUCAGGGAAGCGUUCCAGCAUUUUGACCCUGACAAGACAGGCUACGUGACGAGAGACAUUGCCUAUUCAGUCCUACGGGGUUGCAAGGUCCCGUUGGAUGUUGAGUUCCUCAAGCUGAUCCUGGAAAGGCUGGGCCAAGGAGAACAGUGCAUAAUAUGCUGCGAUGAAAUCGUCGAAUUCUUAAAUUACAGGAACAAAGAGCUUAAACCAAUCCCGCCGAUAAACACAUCAGGGACAUUUUCUUGGCUGAAUCUCUGCCGGCCUGAGACUCUCUCAACCGAAACACUUCAAGUCAGUAUCAGCGGAAUCCUGGACGAGCUCCAGCUGGAAAGGGAGUUGAAACAACAAUGCCAUUAAAAAGACUUAAAGAAAUACCAAAAACUAUAUUCCAUAUCAAAAAUCCAAUAAAGAAAUAAUUUUUUUCAGAA